AUGCCAAGUACCAAACGAAAACCAAAAAGACGUAACAAGAUGUGGGGAUCACGACAAUUAUCAACAUCGGAUAGUCCAGAAUCGAUAUUUGUUGGUUUAUGUGAAAUUGUUGAAGAAAAAGUACAUCCGGUCUUGGUAACUCUUCAAGAAGGCGGUGGUCGUCGAAAAUGUAUUCUUAACUCGUUAGAUGUUCAAUGGGAUACUCUUAAAGAUAAAUUAAUGAAUUUAUAUCAUACAAAUAGAAAAUAUCAGUUAACAAGUUAUUUAUCCUAUAGUUUAUACGAUUAUAAACUUCAACCAUUAGAAAUAAAACGUUAUAAAAGUUUAAUUGAUUAUAUGAUUGAUACAAGAGUAACAUUACAAAGCACAGUUAUCUAUUUAUGUCGUUCAAAUCCUGUUGUCGUCGAUGAUUAUAAUACAACUGUCAAAACUGAACCGAUUGAAAUACGCAAUCAACAGCCACUUUGUCAUGUAUCAGUUAAAUAUCGACGUUCUUCAUCACCCACUGGAUCAGUGGUCAAUGAGAUUCUUGAAAAAUUUAGUGAACCUCUUGAUAUCGGAACAAUUACAUCUUGCAAUCUACCUUCGUCAUUGUCAUUAUCACAACUGAAAGAAAAUGUGCUAUCUGUUAAUCUUUCACCACUGACUGGUAUAAUUAAAAACGAUUAUGUCCAAGAAACUGAUCCUGUGUCGUACUCAUCAACAAAUGAUUAUUUUACACAAUUGGUGUCUGAAAGUAAUCAUCGUUUGACAACAACGAUGAUGUCGUCAACAUUAUUAUCAAAUCCGUGGUCAAUGUCAACAGAAUCAUCGAUAAAACGAGAAUCCCUUAUGGAUGUACAAGACAUGGUUAAUAAAUAUUGUAGUCCAUCAUCUUUAACAAUCCCAUUGAUUCAAGGUGUACAAACAAAAACAGAAUACAUUCCAACACAAACUUUUCCACGGGAAAUAUCGAUGGAUGUAGAGAAUAAACGACAAAUUUUAAUUGAAAUAUUAGAUUAG